GGUCGAGUGAGUUACGCGCAUAAAAGCGUUUUUAAAUACGGUGGACAAAACGUGGACCGAAAAUGGUCGGAGGAGUGACGGAGGAUGGACCUCUAAUUCAGCCCGUCGAGUCCGUGUCGACGACAACUGUGGUCGCGCUAUGCAUCGGCGCCGCUUUUCUACUUUGCGCCGUCGCGAUGACCUGGUGGCUUUGCCGACGACGUCGCGAGCACACCAAACUGAAUUGCGACAAGUCCUUGGCGUUCAGACCGCCACAUAGGAAACCGACGGCGGUGAAGAGCCCAGGUAGCACCAGCCACUACCUGAAGAAGAGUCCAAGCCCCACGGAGCCUACCAAGAGCCCUCCUGGUUCCGGUGGACAGACGCCGAGCCCAACUGGAUCUCAAGCUUCGAAUCCUUAUUCUCAACCGAGGACACCUCAGGGCACGCCAGCUCAGACACCUUCAGGGGACGUUACUUUGAGCAUCGAGAACGAACGUGACAAGGCGGAAAUCGAGAACAAUGAGAAAACCGAACGGGACAAGAAUCAUACGACGAAAAAUAACAAAGACAACCUGGGCCAGCUGGUGUUUAAGCUACGAUACGUCAGCGAACAGAAUGCGCUCGGUGUGACUGUGGUGAAUUGCAAGGGUUUACCAGCGAGGGAGCAAAACGCCACCAGCGAUCCUUACGUGAAGCUGAAGCUGUUGCCCGACAAACAACAACAGGUGAAAACGAGAGUCCUCAGAAACACCAGAGAUCCUGUCUACGACGAAGACUUCACGUUCUUCGGGAUAUCCAAAGAUCAAUUGCAGAAAAUCAGCCUGCACUUCAUAGUGCUCAGCUUCGAUAGAUACUCCCGGGACGAUAUUAUCGGUGAAUUGACGUGUGCACUCUCGUCGGUCCCCAGUUUGGGAAGCGCUGAUAACCAGGAGAUAUCAUUGUGUCGAAAAAUUUGCCCCAGAAGCCUGAAGAUUCAAUCGCAAGGCAGGGGUGAAUUGUUAGUAUCACUCUGCUGGCAACCGAUCAACAGCCGAUUAACGGUGGUUGUGCUGAAAGCACAGAACUUACCAAAGAUGGACGUGACAGGCUUGGCGGAUCCGUACGUCAAAAUCUAUCUUCUAUACAAUAAUCAACGUAUCGCAAAGAAGAAGACGUGCGUGAAGAAACGCACCCUCAGCCCCGUAUUCAACGAGUCCUUUGUUUUCGACAUACCGAACGGUGCGGAUGGUCUCAAAAAUGUCAGCCUUGAAUUCAUGUUGCUCGAUUGGGAUCGUGUUACAAAGAACGAGGUGAUCGGGCGGCUCGAGUUUGGUGGCCCGGAUUGUCAAGAUUCAGCUAUGAAUCAUUGGAGAGAAGUUUGCAGCUCGCCGCAGAGGCAGAUCGCUGAUUGGCACAAAUUAAGGGAGUAAUUACCAUCUCCCGGCCCAUCGAUUUUCCUGGAAUCCCGUCUCCGACUAUCCAAACGCCCCACGUAUCCUCCCCCAUUAUGAAACCACCGAUCCAACCCCCCCUGAAACCCUACGAUGAAGUUGGGUAUCUGUUUUGUAAACCUAAUACUCGAUGUAUAUUAGGCUUGAAGCGAUUGGCGGCACGUCCACACUCGCGAUCGAUGCUACUGCUGGUGCACCGCCGUGAAACGUAUCGUUAUUACAUUACGUGGACGCGAAACAUGCACAAGGAACGACUUUGAUCCCUGAAAUUCUCGAGCAUAUCUGGCAUCGAUUUUAAAGCAAAACUGCUCGAGGUUCCCAUCUGUGUUAAAAACAGGAAUUUUUCGUUCCAUUCAUAAUAUUUUCCUAUUAUUUCGUAGAGACGAGUCAUCGACGAUUCGCAACAUCUUCGUAAGCGAUGAUCGAGCACUAAUCGAAUAUAAUCUGUUCAACUCGUUAACCGUGUAACUGUUCCACCAUAAUUGCCCCGUCCUGGCGGAAUUAAAGAUGAAUGAAACUCGCUUGAAGCGAGUUAGUAUAUAAAGAUCCAAUUUAAUAUUCUACAAGUAUUAUGACAAAUUCAGAUUCAGAAAUAUGAUGGUGAAUGAAUAAAAAGACGAACAAUUUUCGGGGGCUGAUACUUAUUAGGUCGAGUAUUCACCGAUCGAAUGUCCGGAUGUCCGAACGUCUCCAU